ACCUGUCAUGUGAUGUCUGAGUGAUGAGCAAGGCAGCUUGAAAAAUUAACGAGGUGCGGGCAUGGAUUUUAAAAAAAGUUCAGAGGCAAGCGUACAGACUGAUUGGUGAGUUUACAACAGAUUAACCACGGACGGUGUGGGGGAUGGAUUCAGGUAUGAGAACAUCAGUCUAUACUUAGAUCCUCGACACAUGCAGCACGCUGCUCUGGGUAAGUUCGCACCAACAUCAAUAAGCUAUCUUAUGCCAUCGUGAGCAGUACGCUGUGCUAACCAAACAACCGCAAUCACCGCACUGCUAACCUACACAGGCAGAGAGGUAAAGUACCCAGAGAACUUGCCACGUUUUGAUGCCAUGUUUCGACACUGUCUUUCUCACUGGGUUUGUGGCCACUUUUCCACCAAACACAAACUUCCUUGGUGACAAUAAUAUAAAAAAGGGGGACCCUACAGGCAUUGAGCAAUGCACACAAUUUUCGAGGGUCUCUCUUUUCUUCGCCCGCUUGGACGAGCAGAGGUGUUGACUGCAAUUGACCUGGCAGCCGCAAUAACCAACGACAGCGGAAGAAAAACUGUCAAACCCACACAGCUUAUACUGUUACUUCUGACGACACAGGUGCAGCAACAGCAGCAGCGACACUGACCUCUUCCCUCAGACUUAGGUUUUUAACCCAAUUUCGCUGGAAAACCCUUUUCUACUGGACAACCCCCAAUGCUGCAUUACUCGGACUGCAUUGUGUACACCUCUGCCUUGCAGUCUUGAACUUUUGUAACACAGACUCUGUCUCACGCAACGCUCGUAAAUUUGAAGGACCCGGUGUCCUACUUUUUGGAAACAAACUUUGUAGUUGAGAGUAUUCAGUAUCUAACUUGGGACUCUGGAGAAGUGUUGCGAUUUCAAGAUGCUCUCGUCCCAAGAAUGGAUGCAAAAGUAAAAUUUGCUGUUACUGUGCUAGAAUUGGAUGCAACAAGUGUCUCUCUCCUGUGGAUUUACCAUGACUGAAUCCUGUGAGUGGUUCCUACAUGAAAUCUGAUGCGGUGCUGCGUCCAACUGCUUUGACUCGGGACAACGCCUGACAGCAUCCAUCAUAACAUUGCAAAGCCCAGACGCAGGAAGAAACAAGCAGAUAAUCUAAAACACACAAGACUUACCUCCGAGGAAAUCAACUACUUGACUGAAGAGACCAUCAGACAGAGGACGGCAUCAUGAUUCUCACGGCCUGCCUGUGCGGCACAGCACUCUGUGCCAUGUACUACCUCAAAGAACAAUAUGACUACACCAUCCGUCGGAUGCCUCCCGGCCCCCCUUCCAUCCCCUUCAUUGGCAACGCCCUCAGCCUGGACCCCAAGGCCCCCCACCUCUCCUUGCUGGAACUGGCCAAGAAAUACGGUGACAUCUUCAGCAUCAAGCUGGGCUCCCAGCGGGUCGUGAUCCUCAACACUUGUGAUGUGAUCAAGGAGGCCUACAAGGGACUAGACAUUUCCCACCGGCCCAACAUCUACUGCAUGGACGUGUUGGUUGGAGACAAAGGGUUCCUGACGUGUAAUGACACCAACCAGUGGCGGCUGCACACAAGACUCUGUCGGAGUGCACUCCGGAUCAUCAACAACAGCAGCCUGGGGGUGAAAAUCAGCGAAGAGGCCGACUGCCUCAUCAACAAAAUCCUGGACUAUCAUGGCAAGCCAUUCAACCCCUGCCAGGACCUGUACCUGGCUUCCCUCAAUGUCCUCUGUAAUAUAUCCUUUGGGGAGCGCUAUUCACACACCGACCCCGAGCUCCAUGACAUCCUGGACUACUCGGCUGAAAUCUUAAAGGUGAUCUCCCCUGUCCAUCCUGUCAACGCUCUGCCCUGGUUACGGCACUUCCCCAACAAGUGGUUCGAGCGGCUGAUGAAGGCAAAGGAGCAGCGAGACAGACUACUGAUGAGGAAAUACGUUCAGCACGUGGCCACAUACAAGGACGGCGAGAUCAGGGACAUGCUGGAUGCAAUGCUGGCCUCAGCCAAGCAAGCCGUGCAGGAGAAGGACGACAACUCCCUAAGCGUUUUGACACCCGAGCACAUAAUCAUCAACAUGUGGUUGAUGUUUUUUGCAGGUACUGACACUGUGGCCAAUACUCUCCAAUGGGGUCUGCUGUACAUGGCAGCAUUUCCCAAGAAACAGGCAAAGGUCCAUGACCAGAUUGAACAGGUACUUGGGAAAGAUGGACUACUCACGCUCAACUGCCGAGCCAGGCUUCCUUACUUGGAAGCUACAGUCAAUGAGAUAAUGCGUUUCAGCUCUUUGACGACGCUAGGGGUUCCCCAUGCCGCAGCUGUGGACACCAAAGUUAGAGGCUACUACAUCCCAAAAGGAACCCAAGUGAUGGCCAACUUCUGGGCCGUACAUCAUGACGAGACUGUCUGGGACCAGCCUCAUGAGUUCAUCCCCGAGCGCUUUCUGGACUCAGACGGGAACCUGCGAAACAUGUCUGAGUUCCCUUACUUCAUGCCCUUCUCCACUGGCCAGCGUAGCUGCAUCGGUAAAGGGAUGGCCAAGGCAGAGCUCUUCCUCCUCCUGGGCAAACUCCUGCACAAGUUUUGCUUCCAGCUGCCCGAGAAUGCCAAGGCAGACCUGGAAGGGCUGGCCUCAGUGUCUCUCAUCCCCAAGCCUUACCAGAUCAGGGCUCUGGAGCGGGCCAUGUACAUAUAGGACACAGGUACUAAAAACACCUGUUGCUAAUUAACUGAAGUCACAUUCAGACCUCUGUGUCUCUGUAUAGUGGCCCACUUUGCACUGUGGCCCUCCAAAUGUAACUGGUCAAACGGUGGUAAGCAGGUUGUUUUAGUCUUACCACAACUUAGCAAAUUGGCAUGAUUGUACAACAGAGAAAUAUGCACCUACACUGGGUCCAAUUUAUGGAAGUUAUGGAACGACGGAUGGUCAUUUCCUACAAGUCUCAAAGCCACUUGAUCUUUUAUGGCUUUACACAUAAAAUCUGCCCCAAAAAAGAAAGUGGUUGGUAACCCCACUUUUGGCAGACUUUACACACCUGUAUGUAUCUACACAUCAGCACUUGAAUGAGAUGAAAGAAAUCACAGUGUGUUGUACUUCAACUUUUCUCAACUGCCAGGGCUUUAAGUCUCAAUACAAAUUUCUUAUGCUGUCUUCCGUUUCCGAGAUUUAAAAAACUUUAUAUCAGCGAGGCUCUCAUGUACAUGUACGCGGAUAAUUUCAGAAAUUAGGGGUCCAAAAGUUUGACAUUUUGUGUCCCUGUUACAU